AUGGCAGUUCCAGAUGCGGCUGUGAGUUUCCUGCUGGAUAACCUCAGCCAAGUGCUGGUGUACAACGUUAGCCUGGUUGCUAAUGUGAAGGAAAACAUUCUAAAACUGCAGCAAGAACUGUUGACCUUGAAGGGUCUGAUGAAGGACUUCUCCAAGUAUAACCACGACAGCGAGUUCCUCAAGCAAACGGUCAACGAGAUCCGAGGAAUCCUCGGCGAAGCUGAGGAUGCCGUUGACGCUUACUUGCUCCAGGCUGCUGUCCAGAAGUCUAGGAAUUGGGCUUCCAAAGCUUUUCACCAAAUCACCGAUUACCCGAUUGUGCUUCGGGAUGUUGGAAAACAGAUCGAAGAAGUUGGCCUUAAAGUUAAGAGGAUUAACGAGGAGAAGGUCAAGAAUGGGUUUGAGGUGCUCCAAUAUCAAGCAAUUGUGAAACUUAACCAAUCUGGAUCUUCCGAGGCACCCAAAGUUGAGGAAGAUCAUGUGAUUGGGUUUGACGGGCCAGCCGAAGAUGUGGAAAAACUCCUGACACAAGGACCAGAAAAACUUGAAGUUAUUUCAAUAGUUGGAAUGCUAGGAUUGGGGAAAACUACACUUGCUAAGAAAGUAUACAAGGAUCCUGAUGUUGAUUACGAGUAUAUGAUUCGAGCCUUUGUUUAUGUUUCACAAGAUUAUGAUAAGAGAGAAGUUCUGCUCAAAAUUUUGGCUUCAUUUACACAAAUGACAGAAGAAGUUUCUAAGAUGGAUGUCGAACAGUUGGAGAAAUAUCUUUACAAGCAGUUGGAGGGAAAGCAAUAUCUGAUCGUAUUGGAUGAUGUUUGGGAUCCUAAAGAUUGGGAUAGAUUUAAAGAUGUUUUUCCUAACAAUAACAAGCGGUGCAGAGUCCUCAUAACUACCCGUUAUGAUAGAGUGGCAGAGCAUGCAAAUAGAAAUACCGACUCUAUCUAUAGGUUGAAGUUCUUGGAAUUAGGCGAGUGUCGAGAGCUACUUAGGUGGAGGGUUUUUCAGAAAAAUGAUUGUGCUGAAGAGUUACAAGAGUUUGAGAUAGAGAUUGCUCGAAAAUGUGAUGGUCUUCCAUUGGCUGUUGUCGUUAUUGCUGGUAUCAUUGUAAAUCAUCGCGACAGAGUUGAUUGGUGGAAAGAUGUGGCCAAUAGUGUAAAAGAUUAUAUUGCUAGGGAUACAACACAAACCACCAAGGUAAUAGAAUUGAUGUACAACCGCCUACCAAAUCACUUAAAACCUUGCUUUCUUUACUUAGGUGUCUUCCGUGAAGAUUUUGAGAUUCCUGUGUGGAAAUUGGUGCGAUUAUGGAUUUCUGAAGGGCUUAUACAACAGGAAGGAAAUUUUAAUUUGGAGGAUAUGGCAGAAGUGUAUUUGGAAGAACUAGUGUAUAGAAACUUAGUGAUGGUUGGAACGAGAAGAGCUAAUGACAGAAUAAAAACUUGUCGCAUGCAUGAUACUCUUCGUGAGUUUUGCAAGAAAGAAGCUGCCGAAGAAAACCUUUUCCAGGAAAUCAGAAAGGAUAAUUGGUCCACAUUCACAUCAGGAGCUCCAAUUUUGGAUCAAUAUCGGCGCAUGUGCAUCAAUAAUGUCAACAUUUUAGACUAUAUUUCUGGAACACCCUCAGGUAAGUGCAUUCGUUCUUUCCUAACUUUUGUUAAAGAAGAAACACCAGUGGAACCAAAACUUGUUUCAAGCAUCCCAAAAACCUUUAAGCUUCUAAGGGUGUUAGAGAUUCAAUCUCUCAUUUUCACUCGUUUCCCAGUGGACCUUUGUAAUCUUGUUCUUCUGAAAUACAUAGCCAUAUCUUCUAACUUUUCAAGUCUUCCUUCAUCAUUGUCUACCCUAUGGAACUUGCAAACACUAAUAGUAAAUACCACUUGUCGCACUUUGGACAUCAAAGCAGACCUGUGGAAAAUGCCACAUUUUAGACAUUUGCAUACCAAUGCAGCUACUAUUUUGCCAAGCCCUUCACCAAAAAGCCAAAAAAAUAAAGAAGAUUCAUCAACUAAAAGUAUGCAAACAUUGUGCACCAUUUCACCUGGAAGUUGCAAAAAGGAGGUUUUUGAAAGGGCCCCUAAUCUCAGAAAAUUGGGAAUUUGUGGAAUGUUAACCAAACUGUUUGAGGUGAAUGGUGAAUCUAGUUUACUUCCACACCUUCGCAAACUAGAAUCGCUGCAAAAUUUGAAGCUAUUGAAUGAUGACAUAAGCAACAAGCUCUAUAGCCUUCCUUCAAAGAGCAGCUUUCCUCCGUCGUUAACCAAGCUCACCCUAUUAAACACCUUAUUGGAGUGGAAAGAGAUGCGUACAUUAGGGGAGCUAGAAAGUCUUGAGGUUCUCAAAUUAAAAGAAUAUGCAUUUCAAGGAAAGUUGUGGCAGACUGAAAAGGGUGGUUUCCGUCGUCUCAAACACUUGUACAUUGGACACACCGAUUUGGUGGUUUGGGAAGCUUCGGUAGAUCAUUUCCCCAAAUUGAAGAGUCUUGAACUCAAUGGCUGUGAUAAGCUUCAGGCUAUUCCACAUGGGUUGGCGGACAUUUCGACCCUUGAAAUGGUGGUUCUUCAUUGCACCAAUCCCCAGGUGGCUUCCUCUGCUAGGAGACUCCAGGUUCUAAGGUUAGAACAAGCCAAGAAAGGCACUAAAGUCCACAAAAGCUUCAAAGUAUCUGUUUAUCCUCCAGAGCAUUAAUCUUUCUGUAAUCCAGAAAUGGUGCUCUUGUUUGACAGGUUAGUGAAGCAUUUUCUGCGCUCUGUCUCUCUGUCUCUCCCUCACCAUUGCUACUCAAAAUUACAUGGCUUGAUUCUUUUUCUAUUUGUCCUUUUGAACAGUCUGGUGUGAAGGAUUAAGUGUAAGUGAUUUUACCUCUGGAAGAAAGAGAAGCACCAGCAUGAGUUGCGAAGAACAACG